AUGGUGUCCACGAAAAGUGUUUACGAACCUAAUGAGGUGAUUGGGCUCAACACAAUAUUAAAAGCCCAUGAGACUGUUGUGUCCACAAAAAUUGGAUAUGAUCCUGAAAAUGUGAAAGAGCUUGGUACUACAAACAUGGCUGAACAGACGGAAAAAGCAUUUCUGAAGCAACCCAAAGUGUUUCUAUGCUCUAAGAAGUCUGGGAAAGGGAAGAGACCAGGAAAGGGCGGGAACCGCUACUGGAAGAGCAUUGGGUUGGGAUUCAAGACUCCAAGGGAAGCCAUUGAAGGUUUAUUUGGUGGGCCUAAGUUACUUGAUUUCGAAGAGCUCCAAAGGAACUACCUUCGCUACGUCAAGAAAUACCAAAGAUAUGAGAAGAGGCAUUCAAAAAUUCCUGCACACAUAUCCCCAUGCUUCUGUGCCAAGGAAGGAGAUCAUAUUAUCAUUGGCCAGUGCAGGCCAUUGUCAAUGAUGGUGAGGUUCAAUGUGUUGAAAGUUAUACCUGCUGGAUCUUCUGGUGGCGGGAAGAAGGCUUUUACAGGAAUGUGAGGCUUGUCCUCCACUGCUUGUGAUGAGGCUGAGUGUUAUGCACACUGUGGGAUUAGAUUUAGCUGAUUUUGCGAGGAACCCACCUUAAUUUUGAACGGCAUCAAUAUCAGUUGUUGGUUGGACUUCUGCUUUUUCUUUUACCAAAAUUAAAUUGAAUCUUAGAGUUUCCAAUUGUAUAAAGGUAG